CCUUAAAAUAAUUGUUCUUUUAUUUACACAAAAUAUUCCGGCAUAUGUGCGCUGAGAGAGAGAUGGGUUCGCGAGAGAAGGAUCACAAGGCACCGCACCAGCCACUGUUGAGCAGCCUCGUCGUGCGUCCGACGGACAGCGGCGGCGGAGGAGGUGGCGGAGCCGGUGCUGGCAGCGACUACGAACCUGGCGAGGUUCGCCGCGAUCCGCCUCCGUAUUCUCGCUCGGAUCGACACGAUGGCCAUGCUGUGAACAUUGCCUGGUGCAAGAACUUGGGUCUUGAGGAAGGCAUGUUGGAGCUGGUUUGGUUCUUGUUUUUGGUUUUUAAGAUGGUAAAUAUGGAUAUACAAGAUUAUUGGAAUAUUGACUCGUUUUGUUGUCUGGCCAUGGGUUUAUGCAUUUGAAAAGUUAUGAUGGUUCUGCAGAAUGUGGUGUGGGCAUGUUAUGCCAUCAAGUAAACAGAUGAUCAUUAGCAAUUUAACUCGUUUACAUAGUAUCUGAAGUAUGUUGACUUGCCCACGAAAGCAGUGACCAGGGAUAUGUACUAAAUGGUGGUUGGGCUCUUGGUCAAUUAACAGAAGACUUGAAAGUUGUUAGGUUCACUGGUAAGUCAGAAAAUCCUGAUGGCAAUGAGGGUGAGGCAUGCAAGUUCCAAAAAAUCUGGGAAUGACUGCUGAAAUCUAGCAUCUAAUGCUUUUGCGUUCCGAGUACAAACCUCUAUAUGUCAAUGGUUAUUUCAGAGUUGAUUGGGGCUUCUGAAAUUAUAAAAUCUUAUGCAAGAGCAGACAGAGGUUUCAGUUUUUAUAUCAAUUCAUUUUGCUUGAUCCUGGAGUGUGUAAAUUAUGUUUAGCAAGCUCACUGCUGGUAAGGAAUGGAUAUAUGGGUAUAAGGAUAUUGCAUGGACAGGGUUUGCAGCUGUGAAAGAAUACAUUGGUGGGAUUGUUUGAAUCUUAUGAUCAUUUGGAAGGUCAUCACUGGUGGAUUUUAGUUUUUUGUCUCUUGUAUGGUCUGCAUGGUCAAACCUUCUGGCCACGUUAUUUUGGCUUUGUGGCACAGGGACUCAGAUGUGUAUAAUUUGGAUAUGUCGGUCAUGUCAUUUGGAUAAACACCUCUGAACCUGGAGAUUUCUGCAUUCUGUUGGAACUAUGAACAAAGUUUAUGUCUAUGGUGACUGUCUGAAUAUCGGGUUGGUUACCAACUUGCCGUUUGUAUCUAAAACACUUGAUGCAUUGUUCGUGUGCGGGAUUGGUUGCCAACUUGCCGUUAGUGAUUAUUCUGUUUAUAGUUUGCAACAUAUGUAGGGACAAAAAAUUUUAAUGCGUGAUGGUUGACAAUGUCAUGGCUGCCAGCCAAACCUAGUAAAAGUUCUGUGGUUUGUUCUCAAGAUCUUGAAUUCUGAUCUUAGGUGUGGGAUAUAGAAUGCGUGCAGGUUCUGUUUCUCCUGUGCGUCGUAGGGAUGCACAUCAUCGCUUUAGUCCAGGUUUUGAACACUCUGAUGGUGCAAGGAGUCGUGGAUUUGGCAAUGGGAGAGAUACUGGUAGAUAUCGUGAUUACUCACCCCCUUAUGGCCAUGGGAAGGAUGGUAGAUUUUCUGGUAGAGACUAUGAUCGUUCUGCACGAGGUCCUGGAUCACUCAGAGUUGAGGGUUUGCCUCGAAAUAACCCUAAUGUUCGUCCAAGAGAAGGAGAUUGGAUCUGCUCUGAUCCCUCAUGUAAAAAUUUGAAUUUCGCAAGGCGUGAGCACUGUAACAACUGCAACAGGCCCCGCUAUGCUUCAUCUGGGAGUCCUAGGAGGGGUUACCCGGGACCCCCUUUUCCUCCAAGGCAGCGUGUUCCUGCUGCUCCAUUGGAUCAUUCUCCUGGAAGAAUUAUGAAUGGUGGCUAUAGGUCCCCUCCUCGUGGUUGGCCCAGAGAUGCUCCCAGAGACUUCAGAGCUGCUGGACCACCGGCAAGACAUGAAGGCAGAUUCCCUGAUCCCCUAGUGCGUGGUGAUAGGCAAGAUUACCCUGAAGAUGAUCCUAGGGACAGGUACAGGUAUGAUAGACCUAUGCUCCCAGAUUGGGGCCAUCGAGAUCGUGGAAGGGAUAACUACUUCAACGAGAGGAGAGGGUAUGGAAGGAGGCCAUUGUCUCCACCUCCAGCACCAGCAGUUCUUCCUCGUGGCUGGGCUUCUAAUAUUAGGGAGAGGAGCCGCUCUCCUGUUAGAGGUGGAGUGCAACCUAGAGACUAUCAGCGUGAUAUAUACAUGAACCGAAGACGAGAUGAUAGGCGUGGUGUUGGAGGGGGUGCAUUUUAGCCCGUGGGUGACAUGGAGGUUGUAUCAAUGUAUUUUUCUUCUGUACGAAUUGGUACUCUUUCUGGCAGUGCAUUUCACAUGUUAGUUCUGACUCUGAAACUACACACGGAACUCUUAUCUUCAGCUUAAUGCUCGAGUCUCCAUUAAAUUCCAGUUGCUGCUCA